UCUUGAUUUUCAAGUGGGGUUUUUCUUCUUUCUUAACAAAAAACCACCAUAUGGGAGAUUACAGAUCAAAAUCUUAUGCUGAUGGUGGGAUGCAAAUUGAGAAAUAUUAUGAACCCCAAUUUAGUUCUAAUGAUUUGAGGUCUUACAGUGUUUCUUCAUAUGCAUCUACUGUUGGUGCACCACCUCUCCCACCUCCAACUCAGUUGAAGAAAGGGAAGAGUACUAGUGGCUCAACUUCAAAGUCUUGGAGUUUCAAUGAUCCUGAGUUUCAAAGGAAGAGGAGAGUUGCUAGUUAUAAAGUUUACUCUGUUGAAGGCAAGGUUAAAGGUUCUUUGAGGAGGAGUUUCAGAUGGUUUAAAGACAAGUAUACACAGGUUCUCUAUGGAUGGAGGUGAUUGUGAUUUAUCAAGGUUGUUCAAUUUUUUUUUUAACUUGUUUUUGUGCUUUUUAUAGUUGUUUUGAUUGAUCAAAAUGGUAUAUUUUAUAGACGUGGAUUUUCUUGUUGUGAAUGAAUUUCCUUUUCUUA